CCGUCGGGAAGGCGAGGUCAUGGGAGUGUGAGAUUUGGGCCGCUAGUUCGGCGUAAGAGCCCUUCCCAGCCGUUGGAUCACCAUUGCUCGGUCCAGAUUUACGCCAGGUUAGGCUUGUAGAAUCUGCGAGGCGUCUCCUGCCUGGCGCUAGCCGCUAGGCUCCCCACUCCCCGCGAGCUUCAGCCAUGUCCGCCCGAGCCGCCGCCGGCGGCGGUGACGGCGAUGGCGGGGGCCGCCGCAAGACCCUUGCCAAGGUGUCCCUCUCCUCGCUCUCCGCCGCCGCGGCGGAGGCGGCCACGUUCCCCAUCGACGCCGUCAAGACGCGCCUCGAGCUCCACCGCGGUACAGGGGGCAGCGGCGGGGGAGGCGGGGGCGUCAUGCGCGUCGCUGGCGAGCUCGUACGCGACGGGGGAAUCUACCGGGGCCUCUCCCCCGCCGUACUCCGGCACCUCUUCUACACCCCGCUCCGCAUCGUGGGGUACGAGCACCUCCGGUCCACCUUCGCCAGCGGUGGACGAGACGCGGGCCUCCUCGAGAAGGCGCUUGCUGGGGGUGUCUCCGGCGUUGUCGCACAGGUGGUGGCAAGCCCUGCUGAUCUCAUCAAGGUAAGGAUGCAAGCAGACAGCAGACUGUUGAGCCAAGGUAUCCAACCACGGUAUACAGGAAUCUUUGAUGCCUUUACAAAAAUUGUACGGGCCGAAGGAUUUCGAGGACUUUGGAAGGGUGUUGUUCCUAAUGCCCAACGAGCCUUUCUUGUCAAUAUGGGUGAAUUGACAUGCUAUGAUCAGGCAAAGCAUUUCAUCAUCCGGAAGCAAAUCUGUGGCGAUAACCUGUAUGCUCACACACUUGCCUCUGUCGCAUCUGGACUGUCUGCGACAACCUUAAGCUGCCCAGCAGAUGUAAUCAAAACUAGGAUGAUGAACCAGGGCAAGGAUGCAAAAGUUCUAUACAGGAAUUCUUAUGAUUGUUUGGUCAAGACUGUCAAACAUGAGGGGUUGACAGCAUUGUGGAAGGGAUUCUUACCUACAUGGGCCAGGCUUGGUCCAUGGCAGUUUGUGUUCUGGGUUUCCUAUGAAAAAUUGCGCCAAGCAUCAGGUAUUUCGUCAUUCUGAUGGUGCUGGCUUAGUUUUAUCUUACAUGAUUACAGGGAGCAUCCAGAAUAAGAUUUUGUUAAUUGUUUAGCUCGGCUUGUGGCAUUAUCAUAUACCAUGCUUGUCCUCAUUUACUCUUGACCAUGUCUGAGUAUUGUACCCAUCGCUGAGGAUGCAGUAGUUACAAAUCACCACCAUGUAACUUUAUAAUUAUAAUUGACAACUAGCUGGGUGGCCCGCGCAAUUGCGCGGCUAGCACCCAUACAGAAUUAUCUAUUUUUAAUAUGAUUUUACUUAA